GGCUGUUUACCAACCGCCAUUAAAAGGGGAAAGAAGCUGUUGUUAUGAUUGUCAGUAACGUGGUGUUAGCUUGUCUUGUAUCUCAGUUUAAAUAAACCAUGAUAAAGUGAGAGUUUCGCCGCGUCUGCGUCCUGUGAGUUCGUUCUGAGUUACUUCAGAAUUGUGACUCAGCACACGGUAGCGGAGAUUAACGGCUAACAAACGAGCUAACGUCAGUGGCCAGUGCCUCCUGGUGGCUGGCGUGUGGACACGAAGUGAACCAGACCAGGGUUUGGUUCCAGUUUCACAUAAUUAUUACAAAUGUCCGACGCCACCGGGAUGACGCUGCCCCCGGACUGGGACGACGACGAGCGGAUGAACUUCAUGUUCUCCGACUUCAAGGAGAAUCGAGACGUGAACACGACGGACUGGGACAGUAAGAUGGACUUCUGGACAACUGCGAUCCUGAAGAGCUGCAGGGACAGAAGAACCGUGUGUGUCAGUCUGCAGGAGCUCAACAGCAUCUUCAGGAGGAAGGAGAAAUCCCCCCUGGGCCUGUCCACUGUCCUCCAGUCCAUGCUAAGAUGUGGGAAGAUCCAGAGGGAGUCAGAGUUUGCUGUAGACUGUGGCUGGGUGUCCUGGGCGGUCGGCCUGCUCCUGGUCAAACCUCUGAAAUGGACCUUCUCCUCUCUGGUUGGAAGCAGGCGGCUCUCUCUGGAGGAGUCCUUUGUUGUCAUCGAACUUGUCAAGGAGAAAGCGGCAGAACUCCUCCAGGCGUACAAGAGCAGUGAGUUUGCGUGUCGCUCCCUCCUGUCAUUUCACGAGCUCCGCGUUCUCUCCUCUAAAGUCUGUGCUGAUGAAAGCACCCUGUGCAUGGCUCUACUGCAGCUGCAGAGGGAAAAACAAGUGAUGGUGUCACUGCACGAAGGCGAAAAGAUUGUUAAAUUUCGUCAGCGUUUCAGUAUCACUCCAGUCAAUGAUGUGGACAUAGGCGUCUACCAGCUGCAGAUCAGUGAGAAGCUGCUGGAGGAGCAGGUGAACAAACUGGGCUUGGAGUCAGACAGGUGCAGAGAGGAGGCGAGGGCUCUGCUGCGGCAAGGGAAGAAAUCACAGGCACUAAAGAGUCUGAGAGGCUGCAAGAGGUUAGAAAAGAGAGCAGACAACUUGCUUGCCAGUUUGGAGACGAUCCGAGGAAUCCUGGAGAGAAUAGCCCAGUCGCAGACGGAUAAGACGGUGAUGCAGGCGUAUCAGGCUGGAGUGUCUGCCCUCAGGCUCUCUCUGAAGGAUGUGACUGUGGAACGUGCAGAGAACCUCGUGGAUCAAAUCCAAGAGUUAUGUGACACCCAAGAUGAGGUGAAUCAGACUUUAUCCAGCGGUGUGUCCAGCGCAGAUGUGGACCUGGAUGAUUUGGAGGAAGAACUGAAAGCCUUGUUGGACGAGUCGAAGCCCGAUUUACCCGAGGUUCCGAAAAACCCUGUGCGACCCUACGUGGGGCCUGGCCUCUCCGUGGACGAGCUGUCCAGCUUGCUGCCCGCUGUCCCUCACUGUCCUGUCAACGUCACCACUGAGCGGCUGGAGGACGAGCUGAGCCACUUGACUCUCACCGAUUCAGGAGUUGGAGUGAAGAAAGCACCGUCGCCUGCCAAGAGACUAGAGCCUGUGCAGUGACGACGUCACCGAACGUACGAAAAAGGUCUCUGCAUUAACAUAUCUUGUUUGGGCCACACUUUUAAACAAAUGCACUUAAGUAGAAAAUUAGCAGUUGCUAAAAAUAAAAGGUGUUUUAUAAAAAUAAAUAUCUAAGUAAACUCCUACGUGUGUGUAAAAUGAUGUAAAUUGAUCUGGAUGGAAUUUUAGAAAUGCCUAUUUUUUAAAAUGGCUCUCAAUUCAUUCUUACAAACAGCAGCAUUUCUGGUUUAUUGUGAUGUAUUGAUUGAAAGCGUCCGUCUUCUGUAAAAUGUAAUUAAGUGGCCUUUUUUGAAGUGUAAAUAUAAACAGAAGGUUGUGCUAAAUGUGUGUAUGAUCAGUCUCACGACAUCUUACACAAUGUGUGUGCGAACUGAGAAGUUAAAUCUCCCGUGAGUUGAACCACACGUGCUUCUCAGAGUAAAGGUUAUUUUAAUCACU